AUGCCACAGGGCCGAGACAUGAGCAAUGAUAGUGAUUCUUCAGGUGAUGACGUCUGGGAGGUCAGCGUCAAGCAUGCAUGGGAUCGACUAUUUAUACAUGACGAGGGCUUCCUAUUAGGGUCACGAAAGUGCUCGGUCGACCUGACAACAUUACAUCCUGAGCCAGUGCGGAUUCUCCGACUCUGGCAGAUCUACCUUGAUCGCGUCAAUCCGUUGCUCAAAGUCACCCAUACCCCGGGGCUUCAAGGGCGAAUCAUCGACGCGGCCAGUAAGGUCGCACAUAUUGAUGCAACGACUGAGGCUCUUAUGUUUAGUAUUUAUAGCAUAUCAAUCCAGAGCCUGACUACCAGUGACUGCCAGGAUAUUUUCUCUACGCCAAAGGAGGACCUGUUGAGGGCGUAUCAAUUCGGAUGCGAACAAGCUCUACUGAACUCCGGGGUUUCACGAACCACCAACCGAGAAUGCCUAACGGCACUGUUCCUCUAUCUACUAUCUUUCGGGCACUUCGUUGAUCCCCGGUCUCUAUCCUCCAUGUUCGGCAUGGCAAUUCGCAUCGCGCAGCGUAUGGGCAUCGAUAGCGAGACGGCGAAUGCAAAAUGCUCCAUAUUGGAAGCUGAGAUGCGUCGAAGGCUCUGGUGGUCGCUUGUGCUUUUCGAUUCUCGCAUUACUGAGCUGGGCGGUAUAAAAUCAUCAACAUUGGCUCCCACCUGGGACUGCAAGCUCCCGCUCAACGCAAAUGACUCUGACCUCUGGGCCGAGAUGAAAAGGCCGCCCGACAUCCACUCAAAAGUGGCUGAGUGCCUGUUUGCAGUGAUUCGGUGUGAGUUAGGCGAGUACGUCCGGCAUGCGGAGUUUUAUCUUGACUUCACCAUGCCAGCAUUGAAGGCGCUUGCGAAAGAGUUUCAACAUGGCAUGGAAGGAUUGGAUGCCCUGGAAAGAUUGCUGAACGAGCGCUAUCUCCAGUUCUGUGACAUGGGGAAUCCGCUCCACCUUAUGACCUUCUGUGUCACGCGUAUAACUCUCGCUAGAUACAGACUCAUGGAACACUACUCUAGACGAGCUCAGUCAUCCGCGGAACAGACGGACGCCGCGGCCGAUCGUGCGCUCUCUUAUGCGAUCUGCAUGCUGAACGCAGAGACGGAUAUCAUGACGUCCCCCCUGACCAAAGGUUUUCUGUGGUUCACACAGUUCUAUUUCCCAAUGCUCGCCUACAUGCACAUUAUGCAGGAUUUGAAGCGACGGCCUGUCGGCGAGAAAGCAGAGCAAGCAUGGGAUGUCAUGGCGGACAGCUUUGAUGCACGAUUUGAGUUACUACCCAGCGGGAAUCCUCUGUUUGAUAUACUUGUCAAGGUCGUCACCCCGGCUUGGGAGGCACGUCAGAGGGCAUGCCGGGAGACCGGUCAAUCAUUGCCAAUACCUCGAAUUAUAUCACGCUUCCAGUCCGAAAUGGCGCUUCCGAAUUCCAUUGCAGACGAGGGUACCAUGAGCCAUACCGCGACUUCGACGGCCAAGAAUGAGAGAACAUUUUGGGCAUCAAUGUCGACUAGCUCCUUUCCCACAGGCGAGAUUAAUGGUACUACCGCCACUCCUGGGUUAAGCGGCAGUUUAGACAUAUCAGAACUGUCUACGUUUGACUUUGAUGGAAGUGAAUUCAAUCCUAGUGCCAUGGAUAUUUAUUGGGGGAACAACUACCCCUGGUGA